AUGGUCGAGCGAAUGGGAAACUAUCCAAAGCAGCACAACCUACCACUCCGGGUAGAAGAGCUGCAAAUGGCACUCCUCCCGGACAGAAAACGUGCAAAAUACGCUAAGGAAGAUCGAAAGCGAAGAGUGAAGCCCAUCCCAGUCAAGAAGAAUCGAAUUAGAAGCGACAAAGUCGAUAGCAUUAACAUUAGCGAGGUUGCCUCAAAUCCCAAGGAAGUUACUGACCACAUGCAUGAAGAUGUGGUUGCUGCGCUCAUGAGUGCAAAAAUCUACGGUCAUGUGUAUCGCGGGUUGCUUUGUUGGGAAAGGCGUAUUGGUGGACUCAAGCGAUUCCUAGAAAUGACUAUAACAGCUCCCAAAGCCAUAGUAGCUAGUGGUACUGAGCUCAUGGAAGCUUUUAUUGGUCGGCUCAAUGACAUCAACAGCAAGGUUUCUCUGGAAGGUCUUGACACCUACUUAGCAUCUCUGGGUAUUCCUUUUAUCGCCAAAAUUGAUCAGCCGCUUUUCCAAUGCUACAAGAUUAUUUUUAGGAUGUACUCGGCUGAAUCUCCUCUCAGAGCUGUAUUAAAUCAACUGGUGCUUGCUCUGAUGUCCCAUUUAUCCAGCAAAAGUGAGGAGCAUCGUAGCACAGCUCAAAAAUGUCUGCGCGAUACAGUUGUACAAAUCGGUUAA